UUUCCAUAGUUCAUUUCCCCUUCUCUGCUUUUACCAUGUUGGCUCUUCGUCGAGCUUCGCUUCGUCUCAGGAGCCAAGGAUUUAAUGUAGGAGCUUCUCGUGCAUCUUGUGUCAAAUUAAUGCCAACCGCUUCUGUGGAAGAUGAGGCUGGUAUCUAUGAUUCUCAUCAAAUAACACAUAGUAGGUUUCUAUCGGUGAGCACAUUUUACGGUACAGGUCAUGCUUCUCUGAAAUUUAGUGUGAGCAGGCGUGAACUUUCGUCACAAGCUGAUGCAAGUAGCACGAAAGAGGAUGAUGAUUUGGAAGAUGGGUUGUCUGAGCUGGACACACUGGGAAAUAAUGAUGAGAAUGGAACAGACCUGUCUGAUGAUGAUGGGGAUGGUGAGAAACCGCACGGAGAGCUGGAGUUAUCAGAUGCUGAGAUUGAUUCAACUGAGAAAAUAUUGCGGGUUAGAAAGAUUCAAUCAGAACUUUUCAAGGAAAUUGUAGAUGCUCCAGGUUUGUCUGUUCAUUCUGCUCUGGAUAAGUGGGCUAAACAAGGGAAAGAACUAAGCAGGCAAGAGAUCUCAUUGGCCUUGCUUAAUCUUCGGAGGCGUAAAAUGUAUGCGAGGGCUUUGCAGCUCUUACAGUGGCUAGAGUCAAAUAAGAAGCUUGAAUUUAUUGAGAAAGAUCAUGCCGCUCGACUUGAUUUGAUUGCCAAAUUGCGUGGCCUUGCGAACGCAGAGAGAUACAUCGAGAGUGUUCCAGAAUCUUUUAGAGGGGAGUUAUUAUACCGAACUUUACUGGCUAACUGUGCUAGUCAGAACAGUUUGAAGAAAACAGAGGAAAUAUUCAAUAAAAUGAAGGACUUGGAUCUUCCUGUUACCGCAUUUGCUUGUAACCAGUUACUUCUUAUUUAUAAGAGGGUCGACAAGAAGAAAAUUGCUGAUGUGUUACUGUUGAUGGAAAAAGAGAAUGUCAAACCUACUCCUUUUACUUAUUCAAUCUUAAUUGAUGCAAAGGGCCAGUCCAAUGAUAUUGCUGGAAUGGAACAAGUUGUUGAGACAAUGAAGGCAGAUGGCAUUGAACCAGACUUAUCAACACAGGCAUCCUUGGCUAAGCAUUACACCUCAUCCGGGUUUAAAGAAAAAGCUGAAGCAAUAUUGAAGGAGAUCGAAGGUGAAAAUUUGAAAGUGAAUCGAAGGGCAUGCCCGACUUUGCUCCGCCUUUAUGCAAACUUGGGUAAGGCUGAUGAAGUAGAGCGAAUUUGGAAGGUAUGUGAGUCAAAGCCUCAUAUUGAGGAAUGCCUGGCUGCAAUUGAAGCUUGGGGAAAAUUAAAGAAAAUUGAAGAAGCAGAAGCAGUGUUUGAGAUGAUGUUAAAGAAAUGGAAACUUAAUUCCAAGAACUACUCAAUACUCCUGAAGGUUUAUGCAAAUCAUAAAAUGCUAGCGAAGGGUAAGGAUCUUAUUAAGCGAAUGGCAGACAGUGGGUGCAAAAUCGGCCCAUUUACCUGGGAUUCACUUGUGAAACUCUAUGUACAAGCUGGGGAAGUGGAGAAGGCAGACUCUAUUUUGCAGAAGGCAAUCCAGCAGAAUUUGAUGAAGCCAAUGUUUACUACUUAUAUGGCUAUUAUGGAGCAAUAUGCAAAGAGGGGUGACAUCCAUAAUUCUGAAAAGAUUUUCCAAAGAAUGAGAGAAGCUGGUUAUGUUUCUCGAAUUAGUCCGUUCCAAGUUCUAAUUCAAGCCUAUAUAAAUGCCAAGCUUCCUGCAUAUGGGAUCAGGGAGAGGAUGAAAGCUGAUAACCUAUUUCCCAACAAAACUUUGGCUAACCAGUUGGUUUUAGUUGAUGCGUUUAGGAAGAAUGCAGUUUCAGAUUUGCUUGAUUGAUGAAAAUUAGCAUAUUCUGAAAGUGUUGCUUCUACUCUUUAAAUGCAACUAUUGUUAGUUAAUUAGUAGAUUGAACAUCCCAAAUUUGUAAUGUUUCAUCUUUUACUGCUAUCUAAGAUAAAAAAACUCUUGCC